ACCACACAACACCACCAUAGCCAAGAACUCCCCAAUAGCUAGCUCUCACUCUCAGUGCACCUCAGCUUGCUUCUUCUUCCAAGCUUGUACAUCUAGAGUAGUGAGAGUUUCACAAGAUCGCCGUCGUCAUGCACCAGCACCAGCACCCUGCGGCGGCGGCCAUGGGCGCGGAAGCCCUCUGGGACAUGCUCAGCGAAGACAUGGCAGCCGCAGCGGCCGCCGCAGCCGAGCACGGCCUCCCCCCGGGCUUCCGCUUCCACCCCACCGACGAGGAGCUCAUCACCUUCUACCUCGCCCCCAAAGCCUUCAACAGCAGCAACGACAACGACAGCAACUUCUCGGCCGUGGACUUCAUCGCGGAGGUGGACCUGAACCGGUGCGAGCCGUGGGCGCUGCCGGAGUCGGCCAGGAUGGGCGGGGAGCGGGAGUGGUACUUCUUCAGCCUCCGCGACCGCAAGUACCCCACGGGGCUCCGGACCAACAGGGCCACGGGCGCCGGCUACUGGAAGGCCACGGGGAAGGACAGGGAGGUCGUGUGCGCCGCCACGGGGGCGCUCAUCGGGAUGAAGAAGACGCUCGUCUUCUACGAGGGCCGAGCUCCCAGGGGACACAAGUCCAAGUGGGUGCUCCAUGAGUACCGCCUGGACGGCGACUUCGCCGCCGACCGCCGCUCCUGCAAGGAGGAAUGGGUGGUGUGCAGGAUCCUCCACAAGACAGUAGACCAGUACAGCAGCAAGAUGAUGGAGAUGAGGAUGAUGAGCCCCUACCACCACUGCUACCACCCCAUGAGCCACCACCACCACCCAAGCUUCGUCUUCCAGGACGCGCCUCCCGUCCCCUUCCCAAACCCUAGCGGCCAGCUCCCCGUCCCCUUCCUCCACCACCACCAUGACCUGAUCCCAAACCUUCAGCAGCCCUCGCCAUUAACAACGCAGCACCACCACCAGCCCCAGGCGGCCGAUAAGAACUCAAGCAGCAACAAUGGCGGCUUCCCAGUCCCAGCCGCAGCAGCGGCUUGCAUCCAAGAUCAGCAGCCAGACAACAACACGGCGCCAUACUUCCCUUUCCCUUCCUUGGCCUCCGCCGUCACCGUCGCUGCCAAGGCGGGCCCACUGCCCGGAGUCAACGCCGCCGGUCCGCAGGAGCUGCUGCCGCCGACGUGGCCGCUGGACAACUUCCUGCAGCAUGGCAUUGCCACCUACCUCUACGAGACGGGCCCACCCGCAGGUGCCCCCAGGGACGCGUGACGUGCAUGAUCGAUCCGGACCGUUGGUUUUCUCCAUCGGUCGGUUGCUAGUUUAAAUAUUGCAAGUGCAUGUGCUCGAUAUUUAGAUAAGCACUUGUGGCUUCUUAAUUUUUCGAUUAUUAGUCCUUAAUUUAGUCUUCAUGUACUGAUCAUGUGGUCCGACUGUAGUACGUUCGCAGUAGCUAGCUAGUAGCGGUGCCUUUGCAACUGAUUUGCUUGUAUGCAUAUGCAUUGGAUCAUUGGAGUAGUACGUACGGUAGUGACUAGUACUCCUUUGAUCCAUGCAUGUAUAUGUGUUCAGACAUGCAGUAUGCAUUGUUCUAUUAAUCGAUAUUUGAAUCUAAAA